CAAUAGGGCCUACACGAUACGUCAGUGUACUCAAGUGAUGAGUCCAAUCAUCGAAAGUAUGCUGCGUUAGGCGGCACCUGCGCUGUACGCCCGCACUGUUUUAUUUGUCCCUGUGUCGGAUGGAACUAUAUUGGCUGACGUGUGCCAUAUACCUGUUAAUAACUUCUUCUAUUUUCGAGUUGUCGUCACCAAUCAACGAGUUUAUACGAGGUUCGUGGUCUAUCAUUAACUACUCUACAGCACACAGCUAUCCAACCUUGCAAGCCAUGAUGGCGUCCAACCCACAGCCGGACUAUGACAUUUCUCCGGGUUACAAACCAUUUGAACUACAGACAAUCACUGAGGCGGAUCGGGAGUCGUAUCAUGGCCUCAGAAGAGGCAGCUGUGACGUCAGUUUGAUCUCGCGCAGUUCCAGCAACCGAAGAAACCCGGCGGUUGCAAGCAGGAGGAACGGGCUAUAUCUACCCGAGAACCCUGUCACCGCUUCAUCCAGUCCGCGCUCCAGCAGGGCUCCGAGCCGUGCCGCUAGCCGUGCACCUAGUCCAAUACCAACCCCGGCUGGAUCUCUCCGACACGAACCAAAGUCUUCGAGGACGGAAGACUCCAACUCAACCAACCAGGAAGAACCAUCACCAACAGAGACCAAAGAGGCAGGACAACCAUUCUGGGACAUUUUCAAGACAACCCCAAAGGAGAAAGUGACUUGUAACACAGAAGGCUUUUUCCUGACACUGUUGAAGAGCUCCAAGCUUCUGGCCUACAUCUUCAUGUUUAUUGGUACUCUGUCUACAGCCAUGCUCAGUAAGGGAAGCCUGCUCGUUCUUACUGGUCAGCUAGGAGGCAUGUCUACGUUUCAACAAACAGAGAUGGACGGGUUGGUGUAUCUACUUCUGCUCAUUCUGUGCAUCCCACACGGUUUUUCAUUCCUCAUAUCUUGUGCCUCCGGAUGGUUUGGGAAUGACCCAGGACCCACAAAGCAAAUGCGAUUUCUGGUACUUCUUCUGGAAACAUUCCAUUCUGCUGGACAAACGUUCUUUGUGAUGUACGUGAUGCCAAGACUUCCGCCAAUGACGAUUCUGGCGCUGUUACUGGCCGUCGGACAGAUUCCCGCCCUUGUGAAGGCAUUCUGCUUCCAACAAAACGGCAUCGGGCAGCACUCGCCAAAAUUUAGGGCUAUUCUGCGACUUUUUGAUAUUUUAGCUCUUUUAAUGCAACUGUUUGUUGUUGCUUGCAUCUUUUCCGAAGACAUCUUCGAUCUGAAUGUUGGUCGAACUGUAGCAAAUGAUGUUGUGGACGAAAUUAGGAAUCAAACGGGCUUCAAAACUAUUAAUGCUAGCAACAGCAUCAUUCCUGUUUGGGCUGUUAAAAUACUCACGGAGCUCUCAUUGGUUGCUCUGACUAUUCGCUGGUGGGAAGCGUAUGCCUGCACAGACAUCUCGUUUCGAUCACACAAACUCCCAUUGAAACGUCUGGUUGUGAAACUCCACAGGGCAAGAGCAAAGACACAUAUUAUAGUCAGCUUGUGGAAAAUAAUAAUAACAGUGCUUGUGACAUAUUUAAUUUUUGGAGGUCUUGGGGACAUGGGUAAAGUAUUUCGCGAAUGGUAUUCAAAGAUCAAACAUCACGCCGAUCCUAUUUCGAACAUUUCUUUAUUGAAUUCUUCCUCUGAACAGAACAACAGCAGCUUAGUGGAAGUUGUGAUAAACCUGCCAAACGCUGCGUCCACAGGAGCAGUGAUAUUCUCCGACUGGGUGCUCAUUGUCCCUUUCCUCGUCCAUGUGUUCACCUCCUGGGUACUCUAUCAUCUUGCCACUGUGGCGUGUAGACUUCACAUGCAAAGAGUGUGCUUUGCCAUUCCUCUGCUCUUGGUGACACCUUUGCUAAUGGGUGUGCUGUCCACGGUGUGUUCAGAGUUCUUUCCUGUCAAGACUGCCUUGGACAAUUUCCUGUCGUGGGAGUGCCUGCAAGAGCGAGGAGAAUCCACCCUGAAAACGCUGUUGUUUGCUUUACUCUGGUGGGUUUCGUCGAUCUGGAUAACUGCCCACAUCUGGACGCCGGAUAAUGAGCGACUGGCCUUCGUCAACAGGCUUUUCGUCAUUCCUGUAUUUGACCCGGUUUUGUCCGAGCAAUCUUUUCUGUACGCUCGCCGGAAGGACGACCAUUUUGAUAGGAAGGAUGUUACGAAAGGAGAUAACAUUUCUAAUGACAGUGCGUUUGUAGAUUCAUCUCAAUCAACAGAGAAUGAUCCGAACACUACCAUUUUCAUCUGUGCAACCAUGUGGCAUGAAAACGUCAACGAAAUGGUGCAGAUGUUGAAAUCGGUUUUCAGGAUGGACCGAGAUCAAAGCGCCAGGCGUCAUUUUAGAGAUAUGGUUACGGAUUUCAAAGAUACGGAUUAUUAUGAAUUUGAAGCUCACAUAUUCUUUGACGACUCCAUGGAUAUGACGGAAGAUGGGUUCUCCAAACCUAACGGAUUUGUGGAGCAGCUAGUCACCGUCAUUCAUAAGGCCGCUAGCGAAAUUCACCAGAGGGCCACGAUCCUGGACCCGCCCUCCAAGAUGGUGACGCCAUACGGAGGCAGGCUGGAAUGGACACUGCUCGGUGGAAACAAACUUGUCGCGCAUCUCAAGGACAAAAACAAAAUUCGUCAUCGAAAAAGAUGGUCCCAGGUUAUGUACAUGUACUAUUUCCUUGGCUACCGGAUGUUCUUGGACACAGAUGCCACAAUCACCGGUCCCCGAGAUAGCUACGAUUCAGUCAUCGACCAGUUACCACCAGAAAUAAAGCUAAAGGCUGAGAAUACGUACCUCUUGGCUCUGGAUGGCGAUGUAGAUUUCAGACCUGAAGCUGUCCUCUUAUUGGUCGAUAUGAUGAAGAAAAAUAAACAGGUCGGAGCAGCUUGUGGAAGGAUUAAACCAAUUGGUUCAGGCCCUGUGAUGUGGUACCAGAGGUUUGAGUAUGCCAUCGGGCACUGGCUGCAGAAAGCCGCUGAGCACAUGUACGGCUGCGUUUUGUGCAGUCCUGGAUGUUUUAGCCUGUUCCGAGGCCUAGCCCUGAUGGACAACAAUGUGAUGCGGACAUACGCCACCAAACCCACCCAGGCUCGACAUUACCUACAAUACGACCAGGGUGAAGACCGGUGGUUAUGCACACUACUGUUACAGAGGGGCUACAAGAUCGAGUACUGCGCUGCGGCCGACGCUCUUACCUACGUUCCCGAAACCUUCAAGGAGUUUUUCAACCAGCGGCGUAGAUGGGGACCUUCCACAACAGCCAAUAUUAUGGACCUUCUAGGGAGUUUUCGGGAGACGGUGAGAGUAAACCCGAACAUUUCCUAUCUCUACAUGCUCUAUCAGUUCGUCUUGCUCGCUUCCUCACUGCUGGGUCCAGCCACUGUGAUGCUCAUGGUCCAGACGUCUCUGCAAUCUGUGUUUUAUGGUGUGCCCGGCUGGCUCACGUACUGUAUGACGUUUCUGCCGACCGUCAUCUUCGUGAUUCUCUGUUUCAAGUGCAAAUCAGACACCCAGCUCGUCGUGGCCGCCGUAUUCAGUUCUUUCUAUGCAUUAGUCAUGAUGGCUGUCAUAGCAGGGACAAUUGUAAACAUUAUUCAGGAUGGCUGGUACUCACCAAAUGCUAUUUUUAUGUACAUCGUGAUUGGUGUGUUCGUAGUUGCCGGUUUUAUGCACCCUAAGGAAAUGUUCGACCUGCCGUGGGGAGUGCUGUACUUUCUGUGUGUACCGUCCACCUUCAUAUACCUGAUGAUCUACAGUAUCUGUAACCUGAACAUCGUGUCCUGGGGCACUCGUGAGGUGAAGAAGCCGGUGGUCAUCGAUGACGUCGGCAAGUCCCAGGGACGGGGCCCAGGAGGAGGCGAACCCGAGGACCCCAUCACACUGGCGAUAGAGGAGAUUCGGGGGCAGCAGCAGCAGCAGCAGAACCAACCAGCGGGCUUCAUGAGGCGAUUUAACAUCUUCAACAGAAACUCUCGCGCCAACAACAUGGUUAUGCUGGCGUUUUUGCAGGCGCUGCGGGAGAUGCGUUCAGGCGGCGCCCCCAACGCCCAGGCAGCUCGUCCCCGGCAGAGGAAGAUUAGCUCUGUCAGCGUCGCCCACAGGCCCCAACCACUUCCACCAGACGAACAGGACGACACAGGCAUCGACGAUUGCGAGUCGGAGACCGAGAUUAACCCUGACGAAUGGCUGCAAGACCCAAAACUAGGCGACGGCAAGCAAGAUCAACUAGAAGAAAAGGAGAAACAGUUUUUCGAUGGUUUGAUCGAGAAAUAUCUGCAUCCUCUAUCCAGUAACAAAGAAGAAGAGGCUAAAAUCAGCGCCGACCUGAUCGAGUUAAGGAAUAAUGUGUCAUUCGCUUUCUUCAUGCUGAACGGACUGUGGUUGGUAAUUAUGAUUGCCCUCCAGGAGGUUAAGAGUUUUGUAAAUAUAACCAUUGUAAUCGACAAGAAUGAGGUUCUGAGAAUGGAACCUCUAGGAUUGCUUUUCCUGGUGAUAUUCGCCAUCAUUCUCAUCCUGCAGUUUGGAGCUAUGCUCAUGCACCGCUAUGACACCUUCACGCACAUCCUCUCUACCACUAGCAUUUGCCAGUGCCACAAACAAGAUACAAAGCAGGAGAUGGGCAAGAAAGCCCUCGUGAAGCUUGGAGGUAUUGACAACUUUACCGCCGCAGGUUUUGCAAACGUUGACGUAGCGCAUGGAUCGGCGGUUACUGUGAAUAUCAAUCCGCCAUCAGAGUUAUCCCCCGAUUAUCCGGAUGAGGACUUCAACACAAAUCAGCAACAGCCGUCUCUCGGACGGGACUAUGACAAAGAAAGCGCCUACUCCCCAGGCUACCACAAUUCCAAUGGAACGCCAGGGUGGAACUCUUCCGCAAGCUUCAUGCCUUUUGCAAACGUUGGUUACCCAUCAAAAACAUCUGUAGAAAACUUGUUGAGACGAUUAGAGCGUUAUAAACCGGAGUAUGGUAUCCAGCAAACGAUCUCACGCAUGUCAAGAUAUCGUCGCUAGGAUAACCUUUGUCACGCAAAACUGCAUAUACUGAUGUAAUGGUAAUAAGAGAGCACCAUUACAUAAGACGUAUACGAAUCUCAGACAAGGCCCAAUUGCCAGUGAGGUAUUAUGUCCGACCUGUGAGCACUCUUUUAUUGUCCUUGUUUCCGUGUUGGAUUCACAUGGAGUAAUUAGCUGCUUCACAAACAUUUCAGCAUUUUACAGGGGGAUACUCUGUAUCUGGAAAUCUUACUGAAUGUCUGAUUGUCACCAAACUCGCAUCAGCAUUACUAUAAAACUAUAAACAUUUAUAUACAUGGUAUGACAUCAUGUUUUUAUCAGGACUGUAGCAGUUAAAUGAAGAAAUCCAAGAGCUAUCAUCCUCAGAUGAAUAGUGGAGAUGAUAGCUGGAGAUGAUAAUACAAAGUAAAAUAUGGAUCGUUACUGAACUAGAAGGCUCACUUCGCGGCACACGACCUCUAACACAUUUAAACGGGUUAUAGCGGAGAUUUUUUGAUCGAUCAGCCAAAAUUUCCUUCAAAUAUUUGUUAUUAUUUUAGAAUAAACCAAAUAAUUAUAUUUCACAAAACGUCAGCCUUGUCUGUGCACUUGUUACCGUUCAAAAUAGAUAUUAACGUUCCUGUAAUUUAGAGAGCGGGUCACUUAACAAUUGCUAACUUGAGAAUCAUUUUGAUUCUAUAAAUAAUACAGAUACCAUUUACUGAAAGGCAGUCAUUUUAAACUUAUAAACGCGUCAUUCGAACUAUCACUCAUUCAAAAAGAAAUGAUCACUUGUCCCCUCUGUUCCAUCAACAAUCCAUCUUACCACUGCAAUAGAUGAACAUUAUAUCUGUAUCACUCUUAGCACACAAGUUUUUUUUAUCAUUCCGAACUUAUUUCUCCCAGCUUCCAAACUUAUCUGUUAAAACAAUCUGAUACCCAUUACUAUGUGACUAGAGCAACUCGUUUGGAAUAUAAUAGACCUAUGUACAGAACGAACUUAUUGUACUUCUCGUUAAGAUCAAUUUGCUCCGAGAAUGGAAUAAACUACCCACCACUCUUCGUAUUAUAAAUUCCACAUCUCUUUUUAAAUCCAGGCUUAAAAUAUAUCUCCUUGAGCAAUUUGAUUAAGACGCAUUUUGGUUGCUUAUGUAGGUUAAAAACCAAAAAAAGUUCCCUAAAGUUCACCCUAAGGUUUCCAACAUCUUUUAUGCUUCCUUACUGCGAACAUUUGUUUGUUACCAUGUAUCUUUAUAUAUGUCACAUUGUUAUAUCAUUACCAUUAAUCUAUGUAUAUACUCUUUUACCUAACAUUCUAUUUUUAAUGGGAUAGAACAAGCUCUUGUGAGCUUUAUUCCUGCCUAAUGUAUUACUCGUGUAUACUUAUGUACUUAAUUUAAGAUUUUUAAAAUUCAAAUGAAAAGGGUAAAUAAAAGAAAUUUAAUUUGAUUUACGGAUAUGAAUUUUAUGGUUAAAAAUCUACGUUAUAGUCUCUUUAAAUUCAAUGGAUAAAAACUCAAUACAAAGUGCAAUUAGACUUAAGGAGCAAUAUUUAUAGGCUAUUUCGCUGAUUACAUACAAUAUCUCCUUUGCGGAUUUCUUGGUUAUAGCACGCUAUCUGUCUGAAUAUUUAGAUACAUCCUAACGGACUUAGUAUGUUUAUAUCUGAUAAAUGAGCCAUUAUCAUGUAGUUCUGCCAUGUAACCAUUAACAACUGUCUGUACAGCUUAUACCACAGUAUAAACUGUUACAUCCUUAUAUACUUGUAUUAAUACAUUUUCAUACAUAAUACACUUGAUUGAAAUAAAUAUGAUUUAAGAAUAUUGAUGCAACUGGAUAUUUUCAAGUGCUCUCUUAAACUUGAAACGCUAUGUAUAAAUGUUAAAAUCCGACAUUUUAGUAGUGAUGGAGGAAGGAAAGCAUUCAUAGUGGUAAAAUAACACUUUCUAAGUAUUACAAAUUUAACACAUCACAAUAUGGUUAGAAAAUGUGCUAAUUUAAUACUGUCUUGUGUAAAAUUAUAGCUUUUUGAUGUUUUGUUCCGCGUUAUAAAUGUUCAAAAUCUUUCAUUUGGCGGCCUCACAAUCUAAAAUGUUGGCAUUCAUGUCUCUUUACUCGGCCUCACAAUCUAAGAUGCUGGCAUUCAUGUUUCAUUAGGCGGCCUCACAAUCUAAGAUGCCAGUAUUCCUGUUUCAUUAGGCGGCCUCACAAUCUAAGAUGCUGGUAUUCCUGUUUCAUUAGGCGACCUCACAAUCUAAGAUGCUGGCAUUCAUGUUUCAUUAGGCGGCCUCACAAUCUAACAUGCUGGCAUUCUUGUUUCAUUAGGCGACCUCACAAUCUAAGAUGUGGCAUUCCUAUUUCAUUAGGCGGCCUCACACUCUAAGAUGCUGGCAUUCUUGUUUCAUUAGGCGGCCUCACAAUCUAAGAUGCUGGUAUUCCUGUUUCAUUAGGCGACCUCACAAUCUAAGAUGCUGGCAUUCAUGUUUCAUUAGGCGGCCUCACAAUCUAACAUGCUGGCAUUCUUGUUUCAUUAGGCGACCUCACAAUCUAAGAUGUGGCAUUCCUAUUUCAUUAGGCGGCCUCACACUCUAAGAUGCUGGCAUUCUUGUUUCAUUAGGCGGCCUCACAAUCUAAGAUGCUGGCAUUCCUGUUUCACAGCUUUAAACAUAUAUUUUUUGCCGAUUAGAAAAUGCUAGCAUUUUUAAUAUUUGUAUUUUAAGACAAUGUGUUUUAUAAUUAGCCUUAAUUUUUAAUCUCAAGAUGUGUAUAAAAACAGAUUAACAGUGGUAUUUCAGUCUGAACCAGUUUUGUAUAGAACUGAAUCUAAUAGAGUAUUAUUUCAUGAAGAAUACCUCUAUGAACUUGAUUUAUGACCUAUUGCUUUAAGAAGUCAUUGUCCAUUGCAUAAUAAGGAAUAUUUUCAUUUCACCAAGCCGUGAUUAAUGGAGGAGAAUUAUUUUAUUAACUUAACAUUUUUCCAUGUGUAUAAGUAUUGAAAGUAUUGAUGGAGUUACACACAAUGUACAGGGAGGUUGCUAUUUACAUUGUGGGCCUAUUGGUGACCAUUUUUAUUGUAUUAUUGACAUUUAUAAUUUAUUACGGACUAGAUGAGUCUAUGAGGGUACUUUGGUAUGGAAAGCAGUCAGUGACAGGCGGGUGACCCGGACUGUUCAUAUUGCACAGUGUAUGUAAGGUUUAUAAAUCGCUCACAUCACAGCACGUGAGGACUCCAUGUAUCAAUCUGUCCUUGUUUGCCCUCCGAUGAGAUGCAUCCCAGUAAAAUCUGGGCAAACAUCUGUAAGUUAAAUAGCGGAACAGCGAAUAGUUUUAUUUUAAAGUGUUGAGCAAAUAAACUUACAGAUUACUUGUUUCACGAUUAGUGCACGUGACAAUAUCUGUAUAGAACCGUUAUAUCUUUUUGCUUGCCGGUGAACACAAUAUCUGUUAUGUACACAAGGUUUAUUACCAAAGUUAUAACUUUGCUUUAUGCUUUAACAUGGUUAUUUGGAACCCAAAAGCUAACAAACUGGUUAUGUUGAAGAGGAAUACAUAAGAAGAGGUUUCUAGAUUUCCUAGCUGGAUUAAAUGAUAAGUUAAGUGACAUCUUUAUAACACGUAUUGCUCUCAUAAACCAUGCAUAUACAACAGCCAUUUAGACAUAUAUACAUGUGUAAGGUCUGUCUUCAUCUGCAUAUAUAAUAUGCAUGCGAUAAGUACCAAAUUAAA